AUGAACGCUCUCUACAACCACGGUAUAAAGCAGACACAUCAUCUCACGCGAGAUCUAGCUUCGUUGGAGAAAAACCUUCUGACGUCGCCCAUGUCGCUCCAAGGGUCCAUCAUCACAUCGUUAACAGCAUUUAAGAAAACCAUAAAAGAGUACAAUGACAUGAUUCAGCAGACAGGCGGGGGCGACGAGAAGCAGCGUGCAAGAUUGGAAAAGUUCAACAGUGAAUUGCAACAAUUCCAAGAAAAAUUUGACUCGUUACGCCAGCAAAGAGAGCUUCUUCUACAAGAAAACGACCACCAGGAGCUUAUGGGCAGGCGACACGUUGCAGGAGCCUCUGAAAACCCGUACGAGGCAGAGUCACCAAGACUGGGGUACACCCAGAGUUACCACCACCAGCAACAGCAGCAGGCUUCCAUGUCGUAUCUGGAAGGGCUCUACAAAGAAAAGCAGUCGCUUUCUCGAGGGAGUCAGCAGCUUGACCAGAUCUUGGAGAUGGGCCAGAACGCAUUUGAGGAUCUCGUAGAGCAGAACGAGACAUUGAGGAAACUUGGGUCGAAGUUUUCCGAGAGUUUGGUCACUUUGGGUGUGUCUCAAGGUACGAUCAGAACUAUAGAACGAAGGGCCAAGCAAAACAAGUGGCUUUUCUGGGGAGGGGUGAUUAUACUUUUUGUGCUUUUCUUUUUCAUCAUACGCUGGUUUCACUGA